AUGGGCACAGGAUGGAGAAGAGCCUUCUGCACGACGAUUCACAGAGACCGCCGAGAAAACGUCGGUGGCGCCUCUCCGUCGUCGGAGAACGCCAAUUAUAUCCUCGCCGGAAGCAACCCCUCCACACCUCGUCUGCGCUGCAAAACCGGCAAAAACAGCCCUGAAAACAAUAUUGAAGUGGUCGGCCUAAGCCCUAAGGUCCGAUUGGGUUCGAACCAGUCAUCUCCUAGAUCUCCUUUCUCUAUCCUCAGGAACACACUCCGUUUGUCUCGAAACAACUGCGGAGUUUGUAGGCAGAGCGUGAAGACAGGGCAAGGGACGGCGAUUUUCACGGCCGAGUGCUCCCACGCUUUCCACUUCCCUUGCAUCGCCUCGCACGUGCGCCAACACCGCCGCUUGAUCUGCCCCGUUUGCACCGCCGCCUGGAAGGACGUGCCCCUACUCGCCGCCCACGCCGCCCAAAAACCUCCUGAAGAAGAAGAAGAAAAAGAUCCACCCAAACAAUCCCCUGUCACCACCCCUAAAUCCGCCAAACACUACGCCGACGAUGAGCCGCUAGUGACGCCGAAAGCCUCCGGUGCCAAUUUCCUACUUAUAAUGGAAGAAGAAGAUAGUGAGGACAAGUUCAGGGGAUUCUUCGCGAAUCCGGUUUCCAGUAGCGACGAUUUCUGCAGGAAAUCGAGGGGAGUGGAGGUGACACUGUCGCCAGAGGUGGCGGUUGUCUCCCAGGGGAGGGGGCACGGCACGUGCGCCGCCGUCCUCAAGGUCAGGGCACCGCCUCUGACUGUCUCCGACACGGCGAGGCGGGCGCCGAUCGACCUGGUCGCGGUCCUCGAUGUGGGCGGCACCAUGGUCGGCCCCAAGCUGGAGAUGCUGAAGCGAGCGGUCCGGCUGGUUGUCUCCUCCCUCGGCCCGGCCGACCGCCUCUCAGUGAUAGCCUUCGCGGCGGCUCCCCGGCGCCUCCUGCCGCUAAGGAGGAUGACGCCUCAGGGCCAGAGCGCGGCCCGGAGGGCCGUCGACCGCCUCGGCUGCAGCCAUGGAUGCAGCGUGUCGGAGGCACUGAAGCUGGCGGCGAGGGUUCUAGAGGAAAGGCGGGAGCGAAAUCCCGUGGCCAGCAUAAUAUUGUUGUCUGACGGCCAGGAUGAUGCCGUCCCCGCCAACAGCGGAGGCAACCAGCGGCGGGGUCAGGGUUCCUCCGGGUCGACCCGUUUCGCCCACGUUGAGAUACCGGUUCACUCGUCGGGCUCGGGCGCCGAGGACGCCUUCUCCAAGUGCGUGUCUGGAUUACUAAGCGUGGUGGUGCAGGACUUGCGGAUUCAGAUCGGGUUUGCGGCCGGAUCGGAUCCGGCUGAAAUCACGGGCGUCUAUUCCUGCGGCGAGAGGCCGAUUUUACUCGGGUCGAGUUGCAUCCGGGUUGGGGAUCUGUACGCCGAGGAGGAAAAGGAGCUUCUGGUGGAGAUUGGGGUCCCGGAAACGCGGGUCGGGUCGCACAUAGUUCUCUCAACCAGAUGCUCCUACAAGGACCCGGGAACCGGAGAGCUGAUCUACGGCCGGGAUCGAGCGCUCCUGCUGCCGCGUCCGCAGACCUUCAGGUCCGGGUCGCCGGGAAUCGAGCGGCUGAGGAACGUGUUCAUAAGCCGGCGGGCACUGGCGGAGUCACGGCGGCUGAUCGAGCUCCAGGAGCUGUCGAGCGCCAUGCAGCUGCUGUCGUCGGCCAGGGCACUGGUGCUGCAGUCGAGGUCGGAGUCGGCCGUGGAGUGCGUGAGGAAUCUGGAGACGGGGAUGUCGGAGGUGCAGCGGCGGGCGGUGUUGGUGGAUGAGAACGGGGUGCCGCUGACACCGACUUCGGCUUGGAGGGCGGCUGAGAAGCUCGCCAGAGUGGCUCAGAUGAACAAGGCGUUGAACAGAGUCAGCGAUUUGCACGGCUUCGAAAAUGCUAGAUUUUAG